CGUCUGCACGGCCGAGGCCUGGAGCUCAGUCUGGGAGGCGCCAUGGAGGAAAGCCGAGGCCGGGGCGCCUCUCUCCGCCUGGAAGUGCUGCUGCGACACCUCUCCUCCUCCCGGGCCGCGGGAGCCACCCUCGCACCAUCUCCUACUUCAGGCCAACUUGCUACAGAGAAAUAUCCAACACAGUUUCGUUACACAUUGGAUAAUAACCUCCUUAGCCCAGAACAAAGACACUUCUAUGAGGAGAAUGGCUAUCUGGUCAUCAGAAAUUUGGUUUCCAGUGAGGAUAUUGAAUGUUUCAGAAACGAGUUCAUGAAGAUCUGCAAAAAUGAGGUGAAAGUGCCUGGACUGUUGAUCAUGAGAGAUAUUUCAAUUGCCAAGUCAGAGUUUAUUGCAGAUCAGAAAGCAGUUACAAAAAUUCAAGAUUUUAUAGGAGACGAAGAGCUCUUCAGAUAUUGUACUUUGCCUCAGAUACUGAAAUAUGUUGAAUGCAUAGUAGGACCAAACAUCAUGGCUAUGCACACCAUGCUCAUAAAUAAACCUCCAGAUCCUGGAAAGAAGAGUUCUCGCCAUCCAUUGCACCAGGAUUUGCAUUAUUUCCCAUUCCGGCCUGCGGAUCGCAUUGUUUGUUCCUGGACUGCAAUGGAGAGGAUUGAUCGCAGAAAUGGAUGUCUGGUAGUACUGCCAGGAUCACAUAAGGGGCCUCUGAAGCAGCAUGAUUAUCCUGAGUGGGAGGGUGGUGUAAACAAAAUGUACCAUGGAGUCCGUGACUAUGAUAAAAACACCCCAAGAGUUCACCUGGUUAUGGAGAAAGGAGACACUGUGUUUUUCCACCCGUUACUGAUCCACGGCUCUGGGAUGAACAGGACUGAAGGUUUCAGAAAGGCAAUCUCAUGUCAUUAUGCAAGCUCUGACUGCCACUACAUUGAUGUGAAAGGUACUUCUCAGGAAAAACUUGAGGAAGAAGUUGUAGCGAUUGCAAAAAAAAAGUAUGGCGUAGAUUCACCUAUCAAGCUGAAGGAUGCUUGGAUGAUUCGAAGUCGCCUUGCUAAAGGAAAGAGAAUAAAUCUUUGAAAUCUGAUUCAGAUGCCAAGGCUGACUUGUCAUACAGUGGAUUCCUUAACUGCCUAAGAGAUAACGUGAUUCAUUUUUUACUGAUGUAUUUUCCCAACUAUUUUUUGGCUUAUCACGAAUAUUUGCAAAGCAUAGAUAUAUUUGAAAAUUAAUAUAUUAUUGAAAUUUCAAAAAUGUUGAGUUGGAAGUCAGCUCCAUUAAAUGCUGGCUACUAUUUUCUGACGAAGCCUUAACAAAGAUACCUAUCAUAACAGUAUUUGAAUGUAAAGGAUGAAAAUAGGUGAAUUUUAAAAUUACCUUUUAAAAUGUUUUUCUAAUUUGAACAAAGAUUAACACCUUGUAUUCCCUCUUCUAAAAUUCAUUCAGUAAACUAGUUUGAUUUCAGAUUUUAAAGGCAUGUUUAGAUUGUCAAUUUUCACUGAUUGUAGCAAGUUAGAAAGGCAGAAAUUGCUUUGGUCAUUUGCUGUUUUCUUGCACUUUCAAAUGUCUAUAGAGUUCUGCUUCUUUUAGAAAACUAUUGACUUCAUAUUUUAGAUAUUGUAGAUUAUACACAUCAAGUACUUACUCUGUGGAAUACUUUAUAUGCAGGCCUACACCUUAUGUAAUUCAGCAGUUAGCUACCUUUGAAAGACAAGAAGAGAGCAAUGAUAGGGUUGUUGUAUGUCUUUCGGGCUGUGUGGCCAUGUUCCAGAAGUAUUCUCUCCCGAUGUUUCGCCCACAUCUAUGGCAGGCAUCCUCAGAGGUUGUGAGGUAUGGAAUGAUAGUUAAGGGACAUGUUUGCUGUGUGUGAAGUGCUAUAUGUGCUUUUGGGGGGGGGGAGAAUUUUGCACAACACAUAACAGCAUCCCCACUGUAAUUACAGCUGCAUUGACUAUCAUGUCUUAGGGCUAAAAAAUUCCUCCAGCUGCUAAGCGCCGUCUUAACAAGUGGGGACAGAUUCUUGCAACGGAGGCGUUCAAUUAAAAUGUUGGAAGCAGCUUAAUAUAUUUUCAACAAGAUAUUAUUAGUAAAGAGUGUAAAUGCCAAGAGCUUCAAAAGAAUGUCUCCAAAACAGAUUAUGGCAAGUGACAAUAUAGAGUUGUUAAAUAUAAAGUAAUGCACUUUAGGGUAACACCUUCCACUCCAAUUGCACUAAUACAGGAAUGUGGUCCAAACUGGUGGUUCAGCAAAAGGGUUGUUGUGGAGAUAGUCCAUCCAGAGGGAGGAAGAAGGCUAAGCUUCCCAAGGCUUUUUAGUUUAGGGGAAAGGCCAACAAUGAGGCCCAAAUUAGAGGAGAAAGUGAGCAGUAAGAAGGACAAAGUGGAUACAGAGAUGUUUGCCUCUUUUCUUAUCAUAUUAAAACUUAUGGUAAUUCAAUGAAACUGAUUAACAGGAGAUUUGGAACUUGCAAGAGAGGGUGCUUAGAAUGGAACGCCUACCAAGUUGCAUGAAGACAUAUCAUCAAAGAUAAUUCAGUAAAUUAACGGUGGGUGGUUUGUAAUCACAAGGGAUAUCUGGAAUCCCUGAAUACAAAGCUGAAUGCCACUGAAUAUUGGUGCAUUGUCACAAGGUGUGGUCUUUAUUAAAAAAAAUCUUCAAAAGCUGCUGAAAAUGUAGAGGAGGCAUAUAUGCCUCCAAAAGGAAAGAUGAAUAAACAUUCUUUGUGCAAUGAA